AUGGCCCGCCCGCCGCUGCGGGGCCGCUGGGCCGGCGACCUCCCGGCGCUGCUGCUGCUGCUGCUGCUCCGGCCGCCGCGGACGCCGGGUACUACAUGCGCUACUCCAACAUCUAUUGAACACGCAAACAUCAAAGUCAAGAGUUAUAACGAGAACUCCAGAGAGCGUUAUAUUUGUAACUCUGGUUUCAAGCGUAAAGCUGGUACGUCCAGCCUAACUAAGUGUCUGCAUAACGAGGACACAAAUAUUACUCAGUGGACAAUUCCCUCUCUCAAAUGCAUCAGAGACCCCUCCCUGACUCGCCAAAGGCCAUCCUCCACAGUAGCGCCAGCAAGGGUGACCCCAGAGGCAGAGAGUCCCUCCCCUUCUGGAAAAGAACCAGCUUUCAUGUCCAAGCCAGACACCAUAGUGGCCACAAAGCCAGCCGUGGUACCGGGCUCCAGGCUGAUGCCAUCCAAACCUCCUGCAGGAACCAUGGGGGUAGUCAGGAAUGAGCCCUCCCAAGCCCCACCUCCCACAACUGCAAAAGCCUUGGAACACACUCCUUCCACCUCCCUCGAGAAGCCAGGUGCACAUUCAUCCAAUUCCACAGUUGCCGCUGUGGCAACACUCUCAUCUGUUACUGUGCUUUGUGGAGCAUUACUUCUGGUAUGUUAUUGUAAAAGAUCAAGGCAAACUUCCCAGACACCCCGUGAUCAAAUGGAAAAUAUGGAAGAUAUCCCAAUGGCUGGGGGAACCAAUGGCCAAGAGGAGGAUACAGAAAGCAGCCACACAGUCUAG